AUGGAAGGGAUGGAGAGAAAAGGGAAAACAAAUCCUGCUGCAUCAGUCAGAAGUUGCAGGUUUGAACAGAUUGGCUUUGUACUUGAGUCAUCACACUGCCCCGAGGCUCUGCGAGGCCUGGCAACUUUGGGACUAGCGACAGGAACGCGCGCGUUCUGCGGCACCUGCCCGUCACAGCCCCACUGCGGAGCGCAGGCCAGGCCGCACGCGUGGCUGAAAAUACGUUUGAGCCUGUUUUAUUUAAAACUACAGGCACCCGUCCUUUGCUUUUCCACGUUUCCUCAUGUAUUUCCCGCCCCGCCCGCCGGCCCGCUGCCGGAAGAUGGAUGCGGCGGCGCAGGCGCGGCAGGAGGAGCAGGAGCGGGGACGGCGNAUGGCAGCGAGAUUCACGAGGCGUCGGCGGCGCUGGUGCACCUGAGCCGCGGCGGCGCGGAGGUGAAAAUAUUUGCCCCCAAUAUUGAGCAAAGGGAUGUAGUCAAUCACCUAAAAGGAAGUCCAGCCGAAGAGAAGAGAAAUGUGUUAGUUGAAAGUGCCAGGUUGGCAAGGGGAAACAUUCAGGAUUUGGCUGAACUGAAAGCUAGUGAAUUUGAUGCUGUCAUUUUCCCUGGUGGUUUUGGUGUAGCAAAGAAUCUGUGCUCCUGGGCUGUAGAUGGCAAGAACUGUACUGUCAAUGAGCAUGUGAACUCCACACUCCAAGCCUUCCACAGUGCUAAAAAGCCCAUUGGUUUGUGCUGUAUAUCACCAGUUCUGGCAGCCAAAGUCUUUCCUGGUUGUGAGGUUACAGUCGGUCAAGAUAAAAAUAUAGAUGGAAGAUUUCCUGAUGCUGAAACGGCAUCUGCUAUAGCAGAGCUUGGAUGUAAGCACAUUUGCAAAAAUGUAAAUGAAUCCCAUGUGGAUAAAGCCAAUAAAAUAGUUACUACCUGUGCUUUCAUGUGCAAGGCUCCUCUGCAUGAAAUCUUUGAUGGAAUUGGAACAAUGGUGCAAGAAGUCCUGAAGCUUGCCUGACUAGAAGUGUACAGACUUCUCCAAGGAAAUCAGUGUAGUGAAGCAUAAACAUGUAGCUUCCUUUGAUUGAAUUAAUAAAAUAAUGCAACUGCUAAACUUCA